AUGCCAGGCGGAGACCAAAGCAAGCAAUCCCCUGCGUCCGACACUCACGCGCCUUCUACGAAGCGUUCUACGCCAUCUGAUGUCGCCAACGUGAAGAUCUUUGACCUUCCCCCCAAGUUGAUUCGUCUUAUAUUCGCGAAACUCGACUCAAUCGCGGAGGUUUGCAAGCUCAUGGAAGUAUGCAAAAAAUUUGCCGAUGUCGCUAAGAGCCCUGAGUUGUGGAAAUGUGUAAAAGCUGAGGAUCCCAUAACGCAGCGAGCCAGGGAUCAAAGCUCGUCACGAUUGUACCGCUUUGUUACGUAUGAGUCGCGCAAGGACAGGAAUGAAGAAAUAGGAGCAAAAGACGCCUCAGAGGCUCUCAAACGCAGAAGAUGCGGGCUGGCACUGGCUGUAGAUGUUAUAACAUCAAGAGCAGGAGAUCAGCUUGAGUCGCUUGACCUGGUCGAUUGCUAUCCAAACUUUCCACGCUAUGAUCAUCAAAUGACAGAUGAUGACCUUGACGUUAUAUCGGAUCGCUGCUCCAAGGCACUCCAUACAGUUCGUUUGAGCCCAUCGUCUUUCUUAUCCGGCUCCAAAAUUCUGAGCUUUGCCAAGGCGUGCUUGAACAUACGCGUAUUGCACAUGAUAAGCUGCCCAAGCCUAACUGAUAUUCUUCUUGGUGAAAUAGCACUUGCAUGCCCUCGAUUGGAAGAUAUAUCCGUGAGCAGGUGUAAGUCGUUCCAUGGUGAAGGUCUCCACGCGAGACUUAUUCCCGUUCACGACACAUUGCGGUGUCUAGAUAUAUCUGAGACUGGCACCGUAUUGCUCAACCUUCCAGGUUUUAUGCGUAGCUACGCAGUUCUGGAAGAGUUAAAUGCGUCCUCUUGCACCGACCAACUGCGGAUAGAAGGGCCCCAGCUGGAAGAUGACGACUUCAGGUUCAGAACUCUUGUGAGACUAGACCUUUGUGAAGUAGAUGUGGACGCGAAACUAUUAGAUCGCGUCGUUAGUGAAAGCACUCAUCUCCGGGAGCUACAUUUAAGUCCAGUUGUGCGUUUUAGAGAUAUGAUCGAUACUGCGUUCUUGUUCAAGUUGCCAUGGCCACCGCUGAAGUUGCUGUCGCUCGAAUCUUGUGAUUUGCACGAUGAAGUGUGGCAAACGUUGUUCAAUACGUUAUCUCCAAGCCUGACGUAUUUGGAUGUCGCGGAGAACAGAUCGUUGACUUGCUCCUUGGACGUUAAAGACGGACAAGGUUUUCCGUUGUUGAGGGAACUAGAUAUCAGGCGGACGAGUACCACAGAGGAGACGUUGGAGAUGCUGUUGUCGAUUUCUCCCGCGCUAGAGUCUCUGAACUCUGUGGGCUGUAUGCAUAUUUCUCGAGGAGUGCGCAAGGACCCGUUUCGCUUGAGAGUGGUGGACGAGUCAUCAAAUGCGGGGCCCGCCGCAUCGCAAUCGUCCUCACCAUUGGAUGCUGCACCUCACAUGACACACACGACCACAAGAAAUGGAAAAUGAGCAAGCUUAGAUUUCGAGGUGAGUUGUUGUCGCGUAGCUUCGAAAUGUAAAUAGGGGGUGGUUGCUCUAAAGUAUCCGUGCAAGGGUACGGUCUAUUUAUGCAGUACGAACUUGGAAUGCCGUAGAUAUGUGAGAAUCCUUUGAAAGCGCCAGUAUGUAAUUGGCUUUGCAAUGUGCGUCUUUGGCAAUCGCAGUUCAAGAUGUCAGAACUGCAGCAUAGUCUGCACGAAUAUGCCGCAGAACGCCCACCUCCUUACCUCAGAAGAUAAGCUGUAACACCCUCUCGGGGCGCACUGUCUCCACGAGACGACAAUCUAGGAAAGAACAAACUUGAAAAUGCCACUGGACUGUGUGUGUGCCUACGGCCUUGGCGGGAUACAGGCGUGCCUUUCAGCAAAGAACUGUUUCUACUGUAUGGGUCGGAGAGAUUCUUCUGCUCGCUGGGAAGACUUGUCAGUGCCAAUAUUUAAUCUGUGUAAAAAUAUACAGAGAGUGUUUCU